AUGUUAGAGAAACACAACCAUGCUAAAAUUGUGCCAUGCGGACAUUGUGACCUUGUUUUCGAAAGUUUUUCGCAUCUUAGACAUCACCAUGUCUUCUCGACUAAUUCUAAAAGAAAAUGUGGACCGGUUGAACCGAUUGCUGUUAAUGGCGAUAACCCAGGCUAUGAGCAGCUUGGCGCUCUAUCUUCAUUUGAAAAAAUUACACAUUUCUCUAAAGAGAAGUUGAAAAAAGAGGGGCCAACCACCGUCGCAGAUUUCGUUUCAUCCAAAAACGUUUUAAAGGAUACUUUCAAUAAAGAAUAUUGCACUCGAUUAGUUGUUACCGCUCUUGAAGCGGAAACGACCCGCAUGGGAAAAACAUCAAAAAUCAAAAAGCUGCAACAAAAGGAAGAGAAACAGGCUUCAUCGAAAGCUCUAACUCCAACUUCUGAUUCUACGGUAACUGAAGAACAAACAGAACACGAAAAAAUAUAUCAAACACUUGUCAACAAAGCUGUGGAGAUGAUUUUGAACCGUGGAACACAUUCCAAUGAAGAUUUGGUGUCAGUCUCAUUCUGGGAGAAAAUGAUAGUUUUUGCGGAUUUCAAAGUCACCAACUAUCUUAAAGACAACGCUAGCAAGGCACUCAACUUACAAGAGUAUCUGCAAGAUUUUUGA